GUCGCUGCGCACGGGGUGGGCGGCACGGGCGUGGCGAUGGGGACGCGGCGUGGGGCCCGGACGGAUGGACCGCGAAGACAAAAACCAGGCCCAAUUCGCGGCUACCCUAAAAGGCAAGACAUACUUCCUCAGCGACUUUGGCCUGACCAGACAGUGGAGUCAAGCGUUACAGUCGAGCAGGCGCAUCCAGAGGCCAUCGGAAAGAGACCGAAAGCAAGAGCGGCGCGAGGCGCUGCUUUUCAAGGGUGACGGCGAGCCCGACGAGCUGGGGCCGCGCCCGCUGGUCGCUUGGACCUGGCUAUGGAACGACAUGUACAGUAAUCUCUACGGGGAGUACAUACCCAGGGUCCUGCAUCUUUGGGGCCAGAAAGUCUUUGGUAUGCUCGUGAUCGACUUCACUGUCCAAGUCCUCAAUGCAGCGGACACCUUGCUUUGGAUCCUAUACCCCAGGUUUAGGUGGCAGCCCAUGAACCGCGCUGCAGCAUCGGCUGCCAGAGCAAUCAAGCGUGUCGUUUUGUGAGGCUGUGGUACCAAGCUGGCGGGCCAGUCCAUCCAUGGUCACGAAAGCGGCAUGGUUUGUGCUUACACUCAAGCGCACAUAAGAUUCGCAGAUAGAGACAAUAGUUUCGGCUGCUUGAGCUCGUGGUCGUUCAAACAGACUCCCAGGGUUCAUGGU